CCGUCUCUCCUCUUCAGGCGUGAAUGACGCGUUCAGGUCCCUCGAGCUCCAGUUCGCUCGCGGACAGUGGCGGCGCACGCACAGGCAUCAACGCACACCACAACGCUCCGAAUAAACACCACCAUCAACAACUAAAACAAAACAAUAACGAAGAAUAAUAAAGAGGGCAAUAACGAAAAUGCAAGCAUCAGCAAUGGGCCCGUAACUAGGUUAAUUACGAACGAUUUUCCGACUUUUUUUGCUUUGCAAUCUCUUCCUCUAAAGAUACGUUGACCCCGCAAUCACAAUCGCCACAAUCAUCCGCUGAUCCUAUUUUCCCAUAUUGAUAUUCGUUCCAAGACAUGACACGGACAAUGUGGAUUUUUUUCUUCGUUUCAGGUAUGACAGAAAAUGAGUGCGAGGCUCGACUGCUGCCAGCUUGAUCACGGAUGGGAAAUUCUGAUACAUUUCCACCCCUCCCUCUCUCGCCACCUCCGCUUUUCUCGUUCGUUCGCGUAACCCAAAACGAGUAGUUUGGACAUACCUGAAUUCUGGGCAGGAGAUUUUAUGCGCGCCACAGGAAAACAAUGCCUCGACCGGGAAGGACUGACGUAAGCACCCCAGGUACCAAAUAAUACACCAAAAGACUCCGUUAUAUGGCAUACAUGUGCGCAAAUCUCCGAACAUAAGCACACAUUAUACAUAUCACCAGCCGCGGAUGAGCUUCCCUCUGCGCUGCGAUGGGUCCUUGGAUGCUGUUCUACCUGCUCGCCAUUGUGAAAAGAAGCCUUGGGGUGAACACCGAGGAGCGAUUGGUGGAGCACCUCCUCAACCCCGCCCAUUACAACAAACUGAUUCGUCCGGCGACCAAUGGGUCGGAGGUGGUGACCGUGCAGCUGAUGGUGUCUCUGGCACAGCUGAUCAGUGUGCACGAGAGGGAACAGAUCAUGACCACCAAUGUCUGGCUGACGCAGGAGUGGCAGGACUACCGGCUGUCCUGGGUCCCCGAGGAGUUUGACGGUAUGCUGAAGGUUCGCCUGCCCUCCAAGCACAUCUGGCUGCCAGAUGUCGUGCUUUACAACAACGCGGACGGGAUGUACGAGGUGUCCUUCUACUCCAACGCGGUGGUGUCCCACGACGGCAGCGUCUUCUGGCUCCCGCCCGCCAUCUACAAGAGCGCCUGCAAGAUCGAGGUGAAGCACUUCCCCUUCGACCAGCAGAACUGCACGCUGCGCUUCCGCUCCUGGACGUACGACCGCACCGAGAUCGACCUGGUCCUGAAGGCCGACGUGGCCAGCAUGGACGACUUCACGCCCAGCGGCGAGUGGGACAUCAUCGCCCUGCCCGGGCGGCGCAACGAGAACCCGGCCGACGCGGCCUACGUGGACAUCACCUACGACUUCAUCAUCCGCCGCAAGCCGCUCUUCUACACCAUCAACCUGAUCAUCCCCUGCGUGCUCAUCACCUCGCUGGCCAUCCUGGUCUUCUACCUGCCGUCCGACUGCGGCGAGAAGAUGACCCUGUGCAUCUCCGUGCUGCUGGCCCUCACCGUCUUCCUGCUGCUCAUCUCCAAGAUCGUGCCGCCCACCUCGCUGGACGUGCCGCUGGUGGGGAAGUACCUGAUGUUCACCAUGGUGCUGGUGACCUUCUCCAUCGUCACCAGCGUGUGCGUGCUGAACGUGCACCACCGCUCGCCCACCACGCACACCAUGCCGCCGUGGGUCAAGCUGGUCUUCCUGGUCCGGCUGCCCGCCCUCCUCUUCAUGCAGCAGCCCCGCCACGGUUGCCAGCGGCAACGGCUCAGGAGGAAGAGGCAGGCCUUCGAGCGCGGGGGCGGAGUCGAAGGGGGAGGAGGAAGGAGACUGGGGGGGGCGGCGCCGGCGGGGAGCGCGGAGUACCCCGCCCCCCCGGCCGAGAACAGCGACCCCUGCGCCUGCUACGUCAACCAGGCGUCCGUCAAGCAACUGGGGGCGGAGUCCGGGGGAGGGGGAGGGGCCACGGAGGGGCAGAACGGGCUGAGGGAGAGGAAGGACAGCGUGGGCGUGGGCUCCGCCCCCCUGCAGACCUCCAGCCUGACGCGGCCCGGGAAGCAGCCGUCGCCGCAGCCGUCUCCGCCCAUCCUGACGCAGGCCCUGCUGGGCCAGGCCUGCCCCGGGUUCGAGGAGGCGGUGGAGGGGGUGCGGUUCAUCGCCAACCACAUGAAGGGCGAGGACGAAGACCAGAGUGUGAGCGAGGACUGGAAGUACGUUGCCAUGGUGAUCGACCGGCUGUUCCUCUGGAUCUUCGUCUUCGUCUGCGUGGUGGGCACGCUGGGGAUGUUCCUGCAGCCGCUCUUCCAGAACAGCGCCGCCAAGCCCCUCGUCCACACGCCCGGCUGACCAAUCGGCGCCUCCGCAUCGCAGACGGACACUGCCAGCAGCCAAUGCUGAUCGGAACUGGACGGGAGGGGGGGGAGGGUGGGGGGGUUAAAAAAAGGAAGGUCCUUUCCAGAAAGAUUCUUUAUUAAUUUGCAAACUGGACUUGAUGGAAAACCCAAGAGCAACCAACUUCAAGUUUAUACAAGGUUUAGAAAAUUUAUAUGAAACUUUUUUGAUUUUUGUUUAUAGAUUGACAACCCCUUUCUUUGGGCGUUCCUUACCCUCCACACCCCCAAAAAAUUGUUUUGAGAGACAACAGCACAAGGCAAUCAGGAAGGGGGAGGCGACAUACUUCUGUGAUCCCUCUCUUCUCUCUAUGCAGACAGAAAUAUAAAAAUGUCUACUCAGCCCCCCUCCCUACCCAAAAUGCUUCGAGCUUACUACAAACCACUGGAAACUUGGAAUGAAGAAGCACACUCUUAAAACAGCAACGGAGAGAAGGACAGAAAAAAGAGGAAGAAACAUAUUUUUUUUGUGAAAAACAUUUUCUAAAGCCAUGGUAUGAAGGUUGAAGAUAUUUCCACAUGACCUAAUGAGACAGUGUCUUCUAUAUAGACAGAUAUUGAUACAAGAUAUUGUGAGAUACAAUUAUUUAGCUGAAAUAGGAAAUCUGACAUUAUGUACGACAUAAAAAUACACGCACAAAACAUGUAUUAAUACACUUCUGUAUGGAGACAGUGCAGGGCAUGUGACCAAUCAGGUUUAGCCACUGGAGGAAAAUGCUGUGAUGUGGUGUAUAAAAACAAGGUUUGAGCCAGAUGUGUCUGCAUGCAUGUCUGUAUGUCUGUCUGUCUGUCUCUCUGUAUGUAUGUCUGUAUGUCUGUCUCUCUGUCCGUCUGUCUGUAUGUCUGUCUGUCUGUCUGUCUCUCUGUAUGUAUGUCUGUAUGUCUGUCUGCCUGUUUGGAUGUAUGUAUGUCUGUCUGUCUGUCCAUCUGCACUAUGAGGAGUGGUUGCCGGGAUUGACCUCCCUGGAAACAAAUCCUCAGACGACCGGAGCAUGUGAGCAGGAAAUCGAAUGAGUUGGGGGGGUGGGGGUGGGGGGGGGGGCGCGUGCGGCCGAGGUGCAGACGUGUUGGAAUGCGUCGAGCGGAAUGUCGCUCUGGAUCAAGGACAUUUUCUCCCCCCCUCAGACGGGCAGAGGCAGUUUGGGUUCUGCGUCUAACUGUUCCCUGUUUCUUCCGCUUCCACAGCAUAACAGAGACAGACAGUGUUUUUAUCUUCCUGUUCUCCUUUCCUCCAACUCCCACUCCUCCCCUUCAUCUUAACGUCUUCAGGCUUGGCCCCAUUGCUCUACCACACUUUUUGUCUUUUUUCCUCCUUUUUCUGCCUCUGCCUCAGUUUUUCCACGUGUCCAUCUUUCUCCUUCCUGUUUUAAUCGGUCUGUCUCUCUCCCUCUUUCUCUGUUCAGGUAUUCCUCACACCAUAUAUUCCACUAUCUCUCACUCCUCCAUCUCUUCUUCAUCAAGUCCCUAUUCUUCUGGCUCCACCUCUUUUCCCACAAUCCCCCAUUUUCCAGUGUUGUGAGAACGAGGCUUCGUGAACCCAAAAAUGGGCGGAGCUCAACUGCACAUACAGUAGCCAUAUAUUCCGUAUGUACUGAUAUACAUCAGUGACUCACUAAUUUGAACAGUGACUCACUGUGGUCUGCCGUGGCUACCAGCACCCAUCUAUUGGUCCAGAAAAAGAAAUGAUUGACAGGCUCGCUCUAGCCCCACCCAUUGUGGGUUCGGUAAAACCUCGCUCUCCCGUCGCGGCGGCCUCGGUCUCACCAGCCGCUCCGCUGAAGACCCCCCAGUGCCGCAAGCAGUGAAGAGCGCUCGCCUCCUCUCCUCCGCGUGUCAAAUAAAGAUGCUACGUCCAGCUCCA